ACAAACUCAGCUGGUUGCUCCAUAAGCUCCACAAGCUCCACUGGCCGUGGCGACCUGUUAAGUCGAGCUCGAGCUGGCUCCGCUCAUUUCUCUCGGCUGGUUAGCUGUGGAAGCAUUCCUUUGAAGUUGUCGUUGCAUGGCAUAAAUCUUUUCCAGAGUACUUUGGGAGUUUCUAUACAGAGGAAUCCUACCAUGGCUACAGUCUUGUCAAGAAUCGGUUUUUCAAAGAAACCCAACACCAAAGUCUACAAUCUGAAUCCAGCAGUAUCUGAUUUUUCUUGCAAGAAAUAUUUUGAUGAUCCUGACUUAGAGCUGGAAUCCAACUGUAAAUACAAAAGAGCUUCAUAUGCCUCUGCAAUCAACCAGCUGCACCAUAGAAGUUCAAAGUCUAGUUCUAGAGGCUAUUCAGGAUUAGAUUAUAGGAGAGACAAGCACAGAAAUGAUUUCUGCGAAUCUGGUAGUUUUGAGAACCAAUCUGUGGAGGUACUGGAAAAAUAUUCUGUAUACAAGGCAGAACAGACUACACAGAGAAUAAAUGGAUGUUUGAAGCUUGCUGAGGACAUGAGUGGAUGUGCCUCAAGGCUUCUUCUCAAUCUGCAUCAGCAGGGUGAGCAGAUUACACAAACUCAUCAAACUGCGGCGACAUUUGAUCAUGUUCUUCAAAGAGGUGAAAAGCUCUUGGGAAAUCUUGGGGGACUCUUGUCAAGAAGAUGGAAGCCAAAGAAAUCUCGUCAGAUAAUGGGUCCUGUUCUCACAAAAAAUGAAACCUUCACAAGAAAAUGUCAUUAUAUAGGGCAGCGGCAAAAGCUUGGACUAAAUCCUCCAAGUCCUCCAUCAAAUCAUCCUCGUUUUUGUUCAGGAUCUUCAUCUGUUCCUGAAAGAAUUGAGUUGGAGAAGACAAAGCAAGAUGAAGCUCUUUCAGAGUUGAGCAAUUUAUUGGGGAAGCUCAAAGCCAUGGCGGUUGACAUGGGAUCUGAGAUUGAUAGGCAGAAUAAGGCUCUUCAUUACAUGCAAGAAGAUGUGGAUGAACUAAAUAUCAGAAUGAAAGAGGCAAAUAUCCGCGCUCAUCACUUGCUGCGCUGAUAAACUGCUAACUUUGCUGAUGAAAUUUGAUGUACCAUUCUUUAAAUAUGCCAUCUAUAAAUAUACCAUCAACAAGUGUUAUAGA